GACGGCAGUCCAAGGCCCAAAGCGGUCCAAGGCACGAAACUAAAUCUUACGGCUAAAUGGAAAACAUGAUCCACGUCCCAAAAACCGGUCCUGAACAUGGUACGGAUCGCAUGCCUGCGAUUCAUGCUGAGACGUCAAGAGAGAAAGUUGAAGUUGGCGUGAAACAUCAAUGAACACAGCAUCUUCAAUCUCUUGAUCUGUGGAAGUGCGGCGACAGCGGCUUGAAGACAGCAUGAAUGAUCCCGGCUUAGAUAGCCCGAUCCAAGAUGGCGCACGAGAGGUCGAGUCGGAAAAGAAAGAGAAAGCCUCCGAAGAGAAUGAAGAAGGGAGUUUCCUAGAUCCUAGUCGUUGGUGGUUCUUCUCGACUGCAUUUCCUCUAAUAGCGGGCACAUUUGGUCCGAUGGCCUCGGCGUUCAACUUAUGCGCCCUGGUCGAAAGCUGGAGAGUAUACAUACCGCCUGGGGGUAGUGAGAUACAUGGACAGACUAUUGCUGAUCCGAAAUGGUUAAUCGCUAUCAAUGCUGUAUCGUUUGUAUUUGCCAUCAUUGCCAAUAUUGCGUUGCUGCUCAAUAUGGCGCGACGUCUUCGAUUUUCUAUUGCGCAACCAGUGACCAUCAUUGGGUGGUAUAUAGCUUCAGUCCUCUUGAUUGCGCUCGUGUCUGCGGCCUCGGACGACUUGAGGCUGCAUCCGGCAGCUCAACACGCGUUUACGCAGCCAUUCUACUAUGCCAUAAUGUCCGCCGCCUUGUACUUUUUGAUCUCGUCACUUAUGGUCGCAACGGUGUACGGCGCAUGGCGCGGACAUUAUGCAAAAGAAUUCCGUCUGACAAUGAGCCAGAGAACGCUCAUGCUGCAGACCAUCAGCUACCUCUUUUACUUGCUCAUCGGAGCGGCUAUAUAUGCUCGUAUUGAGAGUUGGACAUUCCUCGAUUCUGUGUACUGGGCCGAAUGCACUCUCCUGACGGUCGGUUCAGGAGAUUACACUCCAGUCACACACGUCGGGCGCAGCCUUCUCUUCCCCUACGCUAUCGGCGGAAUCGUCAUUUUAGGUCUCACCAUCGGGUCGAUCCGAGCUCUCAUUUUGGAACGAGGAAAAGAAAAACUGGCUGCACGAAUGGUUGAAAAACACCGUGUUCAUCUUGUGUCCAGCAUGGAUAAGCAGCGGCGCAGCAUGAUGCCCAACAUUGUGAUGCCCAAGCGAAUUUCUCUUGAAGGACUAUCUGAGCAUGACCGACGAGAAAAGGAAUUCCAACUCAUGCGCACUGUCCAAGCCAGAGCGAUGCACACGCGUAGAUGGGCAUCUCUCUUCAUCUCUUCCUUUGCAUGGUUCACCCUCUGGACCGUCGGGGCCGCCAUCUUCUUCAAGACCGAACGCGAUCAAUCCUGGUCGUAUUUUGAAUCGCUGUACUACGCAUAUACCUCCCUCCUGACCAUAGGCUACGGAGACUUUUACCCGCAGAGUAACUCGGGCAAGCCCUUUUUCGUCUUCUGGUCUAUGCUCGCCAUCCCCACCAUGACCAUCCUGAUCAGCAACAUGGGCGACACUGUCAUCAAGAUCAUCCGCGACGUCACGCUUUGGAUCGGCGACAUUACCAUUCUCCCCAGCGACAAGCGAUCCCUCCGUAAUUUAACUCGCUCCUUUACCAAAUCCGCCAGCGGCGACUUGGAAGAAGCCCCCGGUCUCCUCGGCACCUUGAAGCGCCGCGCCAGUGGCACUCAAGCCCAUCGUCACAACUCCAACUCCACCACCGGCGCAAACAGAGUCGUCGAUGAGGCAACGAAACAAAUGGAGCGCGAAGAAUUAACAGACGAAGAAAAAGCCCGCGAGCGCGGCGACAAACCUGCCGAGAACGCCCAUCACCGGCACUAUCUCCUCAUCAAAGAAAUCCGCAAAGUCAUGAAACACUUGAACGACUCGCCGCCCAAAAAGUUCUCCUUUGAAGAAUGGUCCCGCUACCUCAAGCUCAUUGGCGAAGACGAGAACUCCCCCGCGGCGCAUCGCAGGCCCCAGGCUCAUCCGGCCAAGGGCGCCCACGAAGGGCCUGAUCUCCAGCAGGCCCAGACGAUGGACGACAAGGGCCACGUUAAACCGUGGAGCUGGCUGGAUGAUCGCAGUCCCUUGAUGGGCACGAAGCCCGAGGCAGAGUGGCUCGUGGAGAGAAUGACGAGUUUGCUGGAGGAGUCGAUUCUCGAACAUUAUCAUCGGCAUGAGAAGGGGGAUGAGCAUUGAUCUUGUGGUAAUACUGACGGCUCGUCGAUCUUCUUCUGGUUACAAAAGUUGCAUCCUGUCAUGUUUGUUUCAUCUGGCGGCGUUAGAAAACACAUACGGGACUUUUUUUUACUAUUACUUGGGUCAGUAUAACAGCAUCCCUGUCCGUUUGGAUUUUAUUGUACAUAAAUGUCACAAUUUGUAUAUAUUUCAACGACGC